GACCACGCAUUUGCUCCAUAAGAUGCACAGACAAUUCCCCCUACUUUUUAGGAAGAAAAAAGUGCGUCUUAUGGAGCAAAAAAUACGGUAUGUGCCUCUUUGCCCUCACCUUUGGCAUCUGAGAUGUGUGUUUUAAGGUCCACCCUAUUAUGUAGCUGUAAUCUAUUUUAACCAUUCUGAAUUCUAAAUGGUUGUAACCUGGCCUGGGACCUGCUGGUGAAUGAUGGGCAAUAGCUUUAGUAAUAAUAAAUGCUCUUCUGAUUGUGCCAUUCCUGUUGCGGGCACUUUCUGAGUGUGCAGCAACAAGAAAAAGGUGCCAAAUUAAAAAAGGACCAGAUUACAACUAGAAAGGAAGAGAGGCUUGAAUUAAAGAUUGGACUGCAAAGGGAGCAUUGUGGGGCAUGCUUGGAGUGCACUCCUGAUCCUUGGGUUCAGAGUUGGAUCACCUGAUGUCAGAUGAUUGACAGAAAGUCUCUAAAUUGGAUACUUGGGGGGUCCAUAUGGCUGUGUAUGAUGAAGACCUCUUGAAGAACCCUUUUUAUCUAGCUAUGCAGAAACGACGUCCUGAUCUCUGCAGGAAAGUUGCAGAAUUCCACGGAAUUGUGCUAGUUCCAUGCAAAGGAAGUCUUUCAAGCAGCAGCAUCUCAGCUUGCCAGUUUGACUCCUACGUUCUGAAGUCUGUGGAAGAAAACUUUGAAACUGUGAAUGGAAAGGAAGUCUUCAUACAAGGAAGCUUGAUCAUCCUUGGGGCUGGCUUCAGCCCUCGUUGCUCAGUGCCUGUUCUUUUUGAGGAAACUUUCUACAAUGAGAGAGAAGAGAGCUUCAGCAUCCUUUGUAUCGCUCAUGCGCUAGAAAAAAAUGAGAGUGAAGAACAAUCCUCAACGCCGUCAAACUCUUACUCCCUGAAAAACGUUGAAGAUGUGAGAGAAUUCUUGGGGAGACAUGCUGAAAAGUUUGAUAAAGCCAUUGCAUCUUUCCACAGGACUUUCAAGGAUCAUGACAGGAAAAUCCUGCGGCACUACAUAGAUUCUGUAAAUGCCCUCUACACCAAAUGUAUUCAGCAGUUAUUGAGAGACUCGCACCUUAGGAUGCUUGCCAAGCAGGAGCCUCAGAUGAAUCUGAUGAAGCAAGCUGUGGAUAUGUACAUCCACCAUGCUCUAUAUGACCUGAUCUUUAAAUAUGUGGGGACUAUCGAGGCGAGUGAGGAUGCAGCUUUCAACAAAAUUACAAGAAGCUUACAAGAUCUGCAACAGAAGGACCUGGGUAUUAAGCCUGAAUUCAGCUUCAACAUUCCUCGUGCGAAGCGAGAGCUGGGCCAGCUGAAUAAGUGCACCUCCCCACAACAGAAGCUCCUCUGUCUGCGCAAAGUGGUUCAAAUCAUAAUGCAGUCUCCUAGCCAAAGAGUUAACAUGGAGACCAUGUGUGCAGAUGACCUUCUCUCAGUCCUGCUGUACCUUCUUGUGAAAACGGAGAUUCCAAACUGGAUGGCAAACUUGAGUUACAUCAAGAACUUCAGGUUUUGCAGCUCAGCAAAGGAUGAACUUGGAUACUGCCUGACUUCAGUUGAGGCUGCAAUAGAAUACAUCCGUCAAGGAAACCUCUCGGACAGGCCAACAGGAUCUGAAGGAUUUAGUGAGAAGCUAUUCUUAAGACAAAGAAUGAAUUUACUGUCUCAGAUGUCCAACACCCCAAUUGACUGCUUGUUUCAGCAUGUUGCUUCAGGCAACCAGGAAGAAGCAGAGCGCUUGUUAAGCCAAGGGGACAACGAUAAGGACACUGUGCAAAAAAUGUGCCAUCCGCUUUGUUUCUGUGAUAAGUGUGAGAAGCUGGUUUCUGGGAAGCUGAACGAUCCUUCCAUUGUGACACCGUUUUCUAGAGAUGACCGGGGAUUCACUCCGCUUCAUAUAGCUGCAAUAUGCGGGCAAGCAUCUUUAAUUGACUUGCUGGUCUCCAAAGGAGCCAUUGUCAAUGCGACGGAUUAUCACGGAUCAACGCCACUUCACCUCGCCUGUCAGAAAGGAUACCAGAAUGUUACCCUUCUCCUCCUGCACUAUAAGGCGAGCACAGAAGUCCAAGACAAUAAUGGCAACACACCCCUGCAUUUAGCUUGCACUUACGGCCAUGAAGAUUGUGUCAAGGCUUUAGUCUAUUACGACGUUCACUCUUGUAAAUUAGACAUUGGCAACGAGAAAGGAGACACUCCUCUUCACAUAGCUGCUCGCUGGGGUUACCAAGGGAUCAUUGAAGUGCUGCUUCAGAAUGGAGCCAACCCAAAUAUUCAAAACCGGACAAAAGAGACUCCUGUGCAGUGCGCAUUAAAUUCUACGAUUUUGUCCUUAAUGGAACUGAAGUACCUUGCAUUUGAAAGAGGGCAGAGUGCUUCUCAGUCCCCAGCCAGAUCUUCUCAGGGUUGUGAGGACUCCAUCAGCCAAAUAUCAUCCAUCUCCAGUUUAUCUUCAGCAACAGCUAGACAAGAAGAAGCAAAAUCUAGUUAUAAAGAGGUGGAGAAACUUUUAAGAGCAGUUGCUGAUGGAGACCUUGAAAUGGUGCGCUAUCUUUUGGAAUGGGCGGAAGACGAUCUAGAGGAACCCGAAGAAGCUGGCAGCAGCAUGGAGAAGCUGGAGUUCUGCCACCCCUUGUGCCAGUGUUCCAGAUGUGGCCCUGUGCAAAAGAAACUCUUCCGAGUUCCCUCCAACGGCCUCGGAGUGAACAUCACAAACCAAGAGGGCCUGACGCCGCUGCACGUGGCCUCGCUCCAUGGACAUGCGGACUUGGUCUCCCUCUUACUGAAGCACGGAGCCAACCUGGAGGCAAAGGAUGCUCGCCACGCGACACCUCUCCACCUCGCCAGCCAGAACGGGCACUUCCAGGUGGUAAAGUGCCUGAUAGAGUAUAAAGCUAAACAAAAUAAAAAGGACAUUUAUGGAAACACUCCUUUAAUUUAUGCCUGCUUGAAUGGCUAUCUAGAGAUAGCGGCCUUUUUGUUAGAGAACGGGGCCUCGGUUAACCUGUCCAACAACCAAGGCAACACACCUCUCCAUAAAGCUGUGAUUGGGAGCUAUGAGCCUUUGGUGCGGCUCCUGCUGCAGCACGGCGCAUCAGCACAUGCUAGGAACAACAGACAGUGCACGCCCUGUGACUACGCUGAGCCUAAAUCGGGUAUCCUUGAGCUGCUGAGGACCGUAGUAACCUCAGAAGAGGGAAGAAAGACUGACUGCAGAUCUCACGUGGCUGGGAAGAGCAGGAAAAAAAUCAGUUUUAAAUCUCCCGAGAUAGCAGACGAUCUCGUCGCCAGGCGCCUUCAGCUGGUCCAGUCAAUCAACCGCUUUAACAAGUCAAAAGACUUGCGGAAAACUAUAACGAGAGAUAAAAGUGUCCCUAACUUUAAUGAUGAAUUACUGCACCAGUUAGCUAUUAAGAGCUUUGAUAAGAGCAAGCUAAAGCCCGUGGAUCCUUUAAAACAAAGCAGGAUGCAGAUCCUUGACUCCGGCAGCAGAGGGGAGCCCACACUGGAUGAAGUCGAGUCUGAUGUGGCAGCAGCGCCUCUUAGAAGUAAACUAAUGCAUCGGAGACACACGGUUAAUGUGGCCCUUUCAGAUGCAGAUGACAUCCACAAUUUAUCCAGAGAUCCCCCUGUUUCUUCACUGGAAGGCUGCUCUGAUGAUUGAUGCUUUCGAAAACACUGGCAAGGAAGCAAGUUUGUCACCAAAAACAACAGCAGCAGCAGCAACAACACCAAUUGGCGUCAGUUCCACUCCCUUCAAGAAUCAAAGAAUCCUUAGGAUCAAGGCAUUCAAAACUGCAAUGUGAAGACUGGCAGGAAGAGGAACCUCUCCUCCCUCAACCAACACAGUUUGCAGUUGGAGACAGAAGGGCUGUUUAUUUGCGGUUGGAUCCACAAAACCCAACAGGUGUGAUCCAUUUUAAACACACACACAACUGAGAUGUAUAUGGAGAUAUCAAAAACUAUGAGACACAUUAGUCUGUACUUGAAGUCUUGAAAUCAGAUAUAACUGUAAUGGGUGUAAGUUUGGAACAGAAUACCUAUGGGACUUCCAAGGCCUACAUAAUUAUAGUUUGAAAAGACAGCGGUUUCUUUCCAUUUUUGCACUACUAGUUUACACCAAUUGUUGAAAGGAAUUACACACACCGGCAGCAUAGUUUGACACAAAGGGCAAGAUUGCACAGAUCCUUUGGUUCUCAUUUAUUUUAUUGAAACAUGGGCCAUAUAUGGGUAGUUGGAAGUGAGGGAUGUUAUAGUCACUGUUUUAUAAACAAAGGGUACAUCUUCUUUUGGAGAGCAGGACUAGCAGAGUUGAGACUUGGAUUUUGAAUCAUUUUAUUUUAUGUAGCAGCCCACAUUAGUGAACAUAUUCUCAAAUACUUGUAUUGAGACUACAAUCUUACCCUAUUUAAUUUAAAAUAGCAAAUAUGCAUGGCACAAUAAUAUGAUUCCACUAAAUGCAAUGAGUCUAGCUAGAGAGUACAUCUGUAUCCACCGGGUCUUGGAAGAGCUGCUUAGUUGACCUUACUUGAAAAGACACUUCCAGAUUGAUAGAUGGGGGCACUUUUAGUAAUGGAGCGUCAUUUUGGUAAACAUUCCAUUCUUUAUUUUUAUUUUUAAGAGGGGUUGAAUUAUCACUUGAACAGCACAAUAACUUUUGUCAAUUCCAAUUCUGUUUUUAUGUAAUAUUUGUAAACAAUACAUUGGGUUUUUAUUGUUUAAUAUUUCUCUGUUCAGAAUGUUAGUGCAAGGUAUAUAAAAAGGUAGAAUGCUAGUGGGCUCCUGAAGGACAAGGAAAAGUAUAUUUUUCUACUAAGUAAUUGAGUUCACCUAGUUUUCUUACAUGCCUUUGACUUGUGCCAAAUGAUGGGAGAGAGAAAGAAAUAGUAAAAUUAACGAAUCUAUGCUCUUAA